ACCGCCGUGCUCUUACAGUGAAAUGCAGAGGAAUAAAUUCAACAUCGACUGGAAGUUAUACUUUAUUGCCUUGUGGACUAUUAUCAUCUGAUACGUGACUGUUUACUCGUGAGAGAAAUAUUAAGGGUGAAAAUGACCUAUGGCGGAAGUUGAAUCGCAAACAGAGAGACUCUGAGUAAGCUGGACGGGGCCUGUCCCAUAAUCCCCACUCGUCGGGUCAAGGGACCAUGGGAGAUGGAGGCGUUAGUGCGGUGGGAGAAGGGGUGAAUCAGUCCCACGUGCUCUUUGACCGCUUCGUCCAGGCCACCACCUGCAAAGGCACUCUCAAGGCUUUUCAAGAGCUUUGUGACUUCCUGGAACUCAAGCCCAAUGAAUACCGUGUGUUCUACCACAAACUCAAGUCCAAGCUCAACUACUGGAAAGCCAAAGCUCUCUGGGCCAAGUUAGACAAGCGCGCCAGCCACAAAGAAUACAAAAAAGGAAGGGCCUGUGCCAACACCAAAUGUCUGAUCAUUGGAGCUGGACCAUGUGGUUUGCGUACAGCCAUAGAGCUGGGCUUCCUUGGAGCCAAGGUGGUUUUGUUGGAGAAGAGGGAUGCAUUCUCCCGAAACAAUGUGCUCCAUCUUUGGCCUUUCACUAUUCAGGAUCUGAGGGGUCUUGGAGCCAAGAAGUUCUACGGCAAGUUUUGUGCUGGAGCCAUCGACCAUAUCAGUAUUCGUCAGUUGCAGCUGAUGCUCUUGAAGGUAGCUCUUCUCCUUGGCAUCGAGAUUCACGUCAACGUGGAGUUCAAAGGCCUCAUUGAGCCACCAGAAGACCAAGAGAAUGAGAGAAUUGGGUGGAGAGCCGAGGUCCACCCCAGAACACAUCCAGUCAAUGAGCUAGAGUUCGACGUCAUAAUUGGGGCUGAUGGGAGGAGAAACACGCUGUCAGGGUUCAGGAGGAAGGAGUUUAGGGGCAAAUUGGCUAUUGCUAUCACAGCUAACUUCAUUAACCGCAACACAACUGCAGAAGCAAAGGUGGAGGAGAUCAGUGGAGUAGCCUUCAUCUUCAAUCAAAAGUUCUUCCAGGACCUUAGAGAAGCCACAGGAAUUGACCUGGAAAACAUUGUCUACUAUAAGGAUGACACACACUACUUUGUGAUGACUGCCAAAAAGCAGAGCCUGCUGGAGAAGGGUGUCAUUCUACAUGACUAUGCCGACACAGAAAUGCUGCUCUCCAGGGCCAAUGUUGACCAGAAGGCUCUGCUGUCCUACGCCAGAGAAGCAGCAGAUUUCUCUACCAACCAUCAGCUUCCUAAGCUGGACUUUGCCAUCAACCAUUACGGCCAACCUGACGUCGCCAUGUUUGACUUCACCUGUAUGUAUGCCUCAGAGAACGCAGCACUCGUCCGCCAGCGCAACGGCCAUAAGCUGCUAGUAGCCCUGGUGGGGGACAGUCUUCUAGAGCCAUUCUGGCCGAUGGGUACUGGAAUAGCAAGAGGCUUCUUGGCCGGCAUGGAUGCAGCGUGGAUGGUGCGGAGUUGGGCUCAUGGAAGCUCCCCUUUGGAGGUGCUGGCUGAAAGGGAAAGUAUCUAUCGACUGCUGCCUCAGACGACACCUGAGAAUGUUAGCAAGAACUUUAGCCAGUACAGCGUGGACCCAACUACACGGUACCCCAACAUCAGCCUUCACCAAGUGAGACCCAACCAGGUACGGCAUCUGUUAGACACCGGAGAAACCAGAGAUUUGCGUGUCGACAUGGAGAAUGUGGUGAACUCUUCAACUCCUAAACUCACAAGAAAUGAAAUUCUGCUUGAGAAGCAAUUGCAAGAGUCCAUCGUGCGCUCCAGUAAGCUGCUGAACUGGUGUCAAAGGCAGACGGAGGGAUACAGAGGUGUCAGCGUGUCCGAUCUCACCAUGUCCUGGAAGAGCGGCUUGGCCCUGUGCGCGCUCAUCCACCGAUACAGACCAGACCUCAUUGACUUUGACUCCCUGGAUGAGAAACACAUGGAGAAGAACAACCAGUUGGGGUUUGACGUGGCUGAAAAAGAGUUUGGGAUUUCUCCCAUCAUGACUGGGAAGGAGAUGUCUGUUGUGGUGGAGCCUGACAAGCUCUCCAUGGUGAUGUACCUCAGCCAGUUCUACGAGAUGUUCAAGGACACUGUGCCACCUGGUGAAAACCACAAUCUGAGCCCUGAGGAGAAGGCUGCGUUGAUUGCCAGCACUAAAUCACCCAUCUCGUUCUUCAGUAAACUGGGUCAAAGCAUCGCUAUCUCCCGCAAACGAAACCCCAAGGAUAAAAAAGAAAAGGAACUGGAUGGACUGGGGAAAAGACGAAAGACCAGCCAGGCUGGACAAUCAGAGGAUGAAGAGUUGCAGAGGGUUAAUCGAGACGACAGGCCCUCUAUAGCUACAGCUCUAGCAGAACGUAAAAUUGAUUCGGCUGCAGCAGCCAACAACAACAACAAAGUGAAGUCGAUGGCCACACAGCUGUUAGCGAAGUUUGAGGAGAACGCCCCGACGCAGUCCACCGGUCUCAAACGACAGGGGGACUCCAUGCCCAAUCUGGGGCUCAUACUGACCCCCUCUCCGGCGGCUCCCUCUCUGAAAGAGUCAGUGCGGCUGGCUCCAGUCCCUGCAUGGAGGAAGAGGCGCACACAGUUACAGGAGCAGAUGAGUUUCCGCUAUAAAGAAAGACUGAAGUGUCAAACUCUCCCCAUCAAACAGGAGCAGGCCAGCAGCGGGACUGAGGUCUUGAGGAGCUGCCCUAAGAAAACCAUUCUCCUUUCUUCUUCCUCACCCUCAUCUUCCUCAUUCUCUUCAUCGUUUCUUCCACACGCACAGCAUAAUGUUAACCAGUCAGAGAUAAACAAGUGUAAUGGUGGUGGUGAUGAAGAGAAUGAGAUCCAGGACCCUUCAGUCUAUUACAGGGAAAAUAACCUGCCUAAUGCGGACAAGCCAAAGCCCAUUCAUAUCCCUAGCAUUCAAGAGCGAACGGACACUCUAGUCGCUAGGUUUAAAGGCAAGUCUGACAGGAAGGACAAGCCACAGGUUAUGAAAAAGCCGUCACGGUUCUUUAUUGAGCGGUGGCUUUUGACCCACGAUCUCAGUCCUGAGCAACCCUUCAACCAUUCUGACCCCCAGCAUCAGCAGAGGGAGAUUUUGCUUUCUGAUGAUCAAGUGCCUUUACACAUCCCCAGCAUUCAGGAGAGAGCCGAGAGGUUAGCCUCUCAGUUUAAAGACAAACCAGCAAAGCCAAAGUCUAAGAAAAAGGCGUCACACUUCUUCACAGAGCAGUGGUACAGAGCGUGUGAUGUGAGCUCUGUUAGCCCUCUGCACUCUCCCAGCUCUUUCCAGCAGCGCUAUGUAAAGAUGUACACAGGGGGUGUGAGCUCACUGGCUGAGCAAAUAGCCAAUCAGCUUCAGGCUAAGGAUGACCCCAGGCCCUUGCUUGAGAAAAGGGAUUUGGGUUCCUUGCGGAAGGAGUUCCCUCAGAAUAUUGGAGGCAGCGAUGUGUGUUUCUUCUGUCGGAAGCGCGUCUAUGUGAUGGAGCGUCUCAGUGCAGAGGGAAAGUUUUUCCAUCGCAGCUGCUUCAAGUGUGACUACUGCGGCACCACCCUCCGGCUGUCCUCAUACGCCUUCGAUGUUGAGGACGGGAAGUUUUACUGUAAACCGCACUACUGCUACCGACUUUCUGGUCUGGCACAGAGAAAACGGCCUGCGCCUGCUGCUGCUGCUCCCGCAAACCCCAAGGAGCCCCAGGUGUUGGCGGUAACCCCCAACACAGUGGACGCCCCUGGCCAAGCCAUAACUUCUCAGGCCCCUGUGGAACGCCGGCCCUCAGUGACAGAGGUGAAUGGGGUUACGGAGCCCAGCGUGGCCAAACGUCUUAAAGGGACUCCAGAAAGGAUCGAGCUGGAGAACUACCGUCUAUCUAUGAUGAGAGAGGAGGAGCUGCAGGAGGUGCCCGAGGAGACGCUGGCCGAGCACAACCUCAGCAGUGUGCUGGACAAAGCCACCGACGUUGAGGAGGGAUCCAGCAGCUCAGAGUCUGAUAUGGAGGAAGAGGAUGAAGAACCGGAAGCAGCCGGCCCGUCCGAUCUGGGUGGGGUUCCCUGGAAAGAGGCGGUGGAGCUCCACGCUAAACUAAAGGGAGGAAGCGACCCUGGAGCAGCAGAAGACGAUGAUGGCCUUCAUGACGGAGAUGGAGAGAUGGACGAGGAUGAAGAGGAGGAGGAAGAUGAGGAAGAUGAAGACGAGGAGGAGGAGGAGGGGGAAGAAGAGGAAUCGAGUGAUGCGGGAGAGUAUUUCCCCUGGGACAGGGAGCUUCAGUCAGGUCUUUGGUUGGAGAAUCUCGCAAAUGAAGAGGAUACGAGUAUAUUUAAAGCUAGGAACCUGCAAAUCCAGCAAGUCAUACAUCCAGUAGACCCUCUAGACAUCCAGAUGGGCAACCACUGGACAUCCAGACAAGCUGAGGGGCUGGUUGAGGGCCACUCGAUGUCACCCUUAGGCUCUCAGCCCUCGCUGAACAACACUCAGCUCACACAGCCCACCUCCUCCACAGCCCCCUCCCACAAAUCCAUGCGUCAUGAGGCUGUCAGAGCCUGGUUGGACUCGAUGUCUGGAGAGCCCUGUGAAGAGGAUGAUGACCCAGAAGCAGAAGCAAGCAGUCCUGACUUUGAGCCGGGCACUGAAAUCGAUCAAGAGGACAUUCCCUCAGAUGCAGAGGCUGAAGCUCGUUCACAUUGCAUAGAUGAAGUGGUGACGCUUCCAGUAGAUAAUGGCAAAGCAGAGAGCCAGGGACAUGUUUCUAACACUGAGAAAACAUCUGCAAAUCCAAGGGAAUUGAUUGUGGACGUUGUGCUGUCUCCAAUCCAAAAACCUGCUUUACCCAUUGAAGAGGUGAAAGAAGUUUCUCCUGUAAUUCUAGUUAAAUCUCCUGGUGCACGUUUUUUCCCUGAGCCCUAUCUACCUGAUAAUGUCAAACUGAACGUUUCCCCUGAUGCUAAAAGUCCCCAUUCACCUGUUGCUCAAAUUGUUGCACUAUCGCCCAUCUGUUCCCAACCUGUUCCGCAACCAGAGACAGCGUCUCCCAAAUCUCCUGUCCAGCCCGAGCCUUGUGCCUGCUCUCCAACAGGUAAUCCUUUAUCUCCAAUAUGUACCCAAUCACAGCCCUGUCACGAGCCACCCUUACCCCUCUCCACAAGCUCCCCUGUCAGGACUCAGCCAGUCCCAGCAGUCACUUCCACUCCUUUGGCUAAACCUGCUUCUGAGAAGAGAACCAAUGAACCCUUGAAAGAUUCGGUGCUUGAGGAAACCCCCGUCAAGAAAACGGACCUCAUUGAGGAGUUCUGGUUGAAGAGUGCAGAGAUCAGAAAGAGUUUAGGACUCACUCCACUGGAUCGAAACAAAACAACAGUGGAGAAGAGCAUUGUGAAAACUCCAACGCCUGAAUCAUCAUCUCCAAAGUCUUACACCCCCGAGGACUUUUCUGAAGAGCAGAAGCCCACUUUCACAGGCCGUUCUAUCAUACGCAGGAUUAACAUUACCUUGGAGGGUCAGGUUAUAUCUCCGGUGGAACCUAAGAGUAAUGGUUCUGAGAGGAAAGACUUGAGCAGCAGUUCAGGGUUGGGUCUUAAUGGAAGCGUGACUACCAGUCAGACAGCAGCUAGUGACAGCUACAACAACUCUGAUUCUACCAUGCUAACCCCUCCCUCCAGUCCCCCACCACCUCCACCUAAUGAGGAGCCAGCUGCGCUCCAAAACAAAAGGCCUCAGGUGUCCUGGGACAACCUCCUUGAAGCCACAGAGGAACCUAAACCUGAGACUACACCCCCUAAACCUAAGACUCCAGUUAGUCCUCCUCAACCAAAACCAGUUACGGCUCCAGUCCCAGACCCUAGAACGAACCCACCUGUUGUUAUGAGGGUAAAGGAACCGAAUAAACCACGCCGUGAAGAAGUGAGAAAGUCUUUUGUGGAGUGUGUAGACGAGAUACCAUUUGCUGACGACGUUGAAGACACGUACGAUGACCGCACUCCGGACACAAGUGGUCUGGAAAAAUUUUACACUCCACCAACCAGCAAGGUCAACCGGGAGAAACCACCUUUGCACUUGGCGCUGGCAAUGGAAAAUGGCAAGCCCAACAUACCUGGUGGAGUCUCCCGGACAGCAAAGGGUCCCCAACAUUUUUCUGCCGAAGCCAAGGAGAUCGCAGAAGAGCGAAUGCGGGCACGGGAAAAGUCUGUGAAGAGCCAAGCUCUGAAGGACGCCAUGGCCAAGCAGCUUACUAAGAUGAAAGAAUCAGAUGCUGCCAAGGGAGCUGUGGCAAAAGUAGCCUGGAAUGUUCCUGAGACAACAGGAAACAAAAAGCAAUCAAACACACCCAAGGACUCUGCAGUGAAGGCUUUGGAGUCCAAAAAGCAGACAGACACACUACAUGACCGAGUCUUCACCACACCGACCAGUAAGAACUUGGACAGUUCUGUCACAUCGUCAGAAAGCUCAACAGGGGGCAAAAGCAAGAAGCGCAGCUCACUGUUUUCUCCACGCAAGAACAAAAAAGAAAAGAAAGCCAAAAAUGAAAGGCUCUCUGGCACAGAAGAGACUCCACCCAAACACAAGUCCCUGUGGAAGGCGGUGUUCUCUGGCUACAAGAAGGACAAAAAGAAGAAAGACAAGUCAUGCCCAAGCACACCUUCAAGCUCUACAACUGUAGACUCAGGGAAGAAGAAAGAAUCACCUCUGGACAGGUCCUCAGAUUUACGUCUGCGGAGAAAUCUCAGCUUCUCUGAGGACUCUGAUCUCUCCUGUGACGAUGUUCUGGAAAGAUCCUCUCAGAAGUCCAAGGGCGAUCGCCAUGUGGACCUGUUUGACUUGGUAUCAGAUUUGAAAAAAGAGGCAAUUAAAGAGGAGAAAUCCAAAGAGAAGGAUAAGGACAGGGCGAAGGCAAAAGGAAAAAGAGUAACAGAGAAGGGAAAGGAAAGGUCAAAAGAGAGGGAGAAUGAAAGAAGAGUCAAAGAAAAGAUUGUGAAAAUGAAGGAUGUGGAACAGGAGAAAGGAAAAGAGGAAGAGUCUGUUUAUGUACCUCAUGCAUUGGCGUUCAAGAGAUCGUAUGCCACAAAGAAAACAUACACAGAGGAGGAACUCAAUGCCAAGUUGACAAGAAGAGUACAGAAAGCUGCACGGAGGCAGGCCAAGCAAGAGGAGCUCAAGAGACUCCACAGAGCCCAGAUCAUUCAGAGGCAGCUGGAGCAGGUGGAAGAGAAACAGAGACAGUUAGAGGAGCGAGGUGUUGCCGUGGAAAAGGCAUUGCGAGGGGAAGCAGGGUUGUAUAAAGGUUCUAAUGUUAGUCCAAAACAGCGUAAGAGGCGCUCAGACUAUUGGGGAGAGUCUAAUUACAGUGAGAUCCUGGAUUUGCAUCUGGGCGGAAUGGGUAAAAAGGACGAUCCAAAGCUGAUGCAGGAAUGGUUUAAACUGGUCCAGGAGAAGAAUGCCUUGGUGCGCUAUGAAUCGGAGCUGAUGAUAUUUGCUCGUGAGCUGGAGUUGGAGGACAGACAGAGUCGACUGCAACAGGAACUGCGAGAGCGCAUGGCAGUAGAUGACCAUCUGAAGACCGAGGAGGAACUUGCGGAGGAGAAACAGAUUCUGAAUGAGAUGCUGGAAGUAGUCGAGCAAAGAGAUUCUCUGGUGGCCCUGCUGGAGGAGCAGAGACUCAGGGAGAAAGAAGAAGAUAAAGACCUGGAGGCGGUGAUGCUCACUAAGGGAUUCAGCCUCAACUGGGCUUAGCAUAACAAUGGUGAAUCUCUUCUGACCGCCAGCGAUUCCCAGUUUCACUGCAGGGAGUGUAAAAAAUUGCAGAACGAAUCGGUCUGUCUCCCCCUUCCAUUUUAUUGGGCAUGUCAACAACGUUUACAAACUCAUGAGCACGAAGAUGAUGUUUACGAGUUCUCCUGGCACGACUCGGGGCGUUUUGUCCCUCGCCAGCCAAGGCAGUGGUUCUGUGCAAGAUGUUCUCUCAUUCAGAAUGGGAGAACGCGUCAAUUUACAGAUUUUAAAAUUUUUUUUUUUUUUUGGUCUUGAAAAGGGACAUAUCAAUCCUGCUGAUGUUGAGGAAGUCUGAGACUAACGAUCCCACAAAAAGCCAGUCUUGUUUUUCAGAGAACGUCUGGUCAAACAACUGUUACGUUUUGAUGGGCGAGUGACAUUUGGACUUGAUUUCCUAUCAUGCGUUUUCUACCUUGACUACUGACUGAAAAAGUACAGCUGUUUUCUCUCUCCUGUUUAAUAUAAUACACUAUAAGCAUCAGACCUUCAUGCAACAGAUGAAGUCUUCAGGUGUGGUUCACAGAUAAGCAUGUGAUGGACUUCUAUAAUCGUUACAGACACCCUCAGCAACCAACAUGUGUUGUGUUUGUAGCAUCGACAAUUGUACAAUUUUCAAAUCUAUCAGUAGCCACUUGAUAUUAGAGAUAUUGGUGUAUGCUGGGAGCACAACUGUCUCGAUGUACUUCACUGAUGUUGGUUUCCAUUUGUCUCGAGUGGCGUUACCACACAUAUAUCCUAAAAUCAGUUUACAAUCAUUUAUAAUCCAUGAAUAUCUGAUACUUGUACUAUAGUUUACAUAAAGCAAUGGAGUGUAUAUUAGUAUAUAAACUUUCUCACUGCAGAUAUACCCAAUAUGCAUUGAUAUACAAUCAAAUGCAUUAGGCAUUUUGUUGGUUGGUCAGUGGUUUCAAGAACAGUUAAGGCACCCACAGCUUUUCUGACUUUUAGUAUCAAAUCAGAUGAGAAAUGGUGCCCAAUUUCACAUUUAAUUAUCUGCCACCAAGGUUUUGUGUCAUACUUUCCACUUCCUCCAGGUUUGGAGCAGCAACAUGCCUUUUUUAACUUCUCAUACAACAGCUCUUCACAUCCACAGAGUUUUCUUAUGUUUGCAGAGUGUGUUAUUUAUAAUUGUCUUUGUAAAGUUUUAUAUCACAUGAAAACGUUCCAGCACUGUCGACUGACACCAGUGCUGAUUAACAGCGGGAGCUCGUAGUCAUGCUCGAAACAUCAAUAUUGCAAAUGAACAUGCCUUUUUCCUAAGUGUACAUUUCAUUUUAGUCACCGUUAUGCUGUAUAGAUGGGCACAGAUUUUUUUUCUUUUGUUUUCCUUGUAAGUACAGAUAACUGUGAAUGAAAACAUACACGUGGUCAACGAUAGUUAUUUAGACUGUAAAAUGUUUGACAGAUUUUAUGGUAUAUUUAUUAACAUGUGUGAAAAAUGUAUUAUAUGUAAAGUAAAUGAAUCCUAAUUUUUAAAAAAUAUGUUGUUGGCUCUUGAAAAUGCUUCAUGUUGCUAAUUUGCAUAUAGGGUAUUGGAUGUAUGCAGAGGCAAUAAAACAAUGCAGUUGUUACAAAUGAA